UUCUACUCCGAAGAGUAAAGAUAUGAGUGAAAUAAUUCACGUGACUACGCAGAUCCAGUUACUAACAGCAUAUUUUGCCACUGAUGCAAAGCCAUUGUCCAUUGGGGGUCUUUUCAUAUGUGCCUGUACAUUUACGGCAAGGGAUUUUCUUUGGUUAUAAUAAUAGCCUAAUAUUUUAAAAAAUAACUAUCGAGAAGUUCGCUAAAUUACAACAGGUAUGUAGACCCAUGCACGUAGGACGUAGAUCUUUUGAAGGAACGUGGGUAAUUUAUAUAGGUCUGUGAAGUAGAUGCUAAAUCUACUCUAGUAGAAUGGAUAAUGCUGCUGCUCUCCCUUCAUUAAAUUUCAAGUAAUCGAUUGAAAUCUAAAUUUCUAUUGGUGCUUUGCGUGACUUGCUACUGUUUCUUAGCAUUUUAGACAUUGUUGAUCAAUGGCGGCCCUUGAUAAAGUGUGAUGCUCAAUCAUGAUGGAUGACUCCUUUUAACAUUCAUGUUACUUAAAGUCACUGUGAGAACAUUUAGCAAUGAAUCUUGAUGUUACUCGAGGUCUUUUAAAUAGAGAAAAGGCUUUUUAUGAAGAAUCAACAAUCACAACUAAAGCUACACCCGACUCAGAUGAUAUAGCUCUGAAAAAACAAUUACCUCUCCGACAGCAAAUUAGUCGACCAACCUUAAAGAAUAAUGCUUCAAACAGUUUAAAGGAAGAACAUAAUUUGAUCUGUACUCAAAAUAACAAUGGUAAGAUAAUCACCCCAUGCCAGAUUCUUAAUUGUGAAAAUGGUGAUACUUCAAAACAGACACUCUCAGAAACACAAACAUUGCAGAGAUCUAAAAGAACAUCUUCUUUUUUGAAUCCUUUUUCCAAACCUGUUAGUGCCAUUGAUGUUCAAAAUAUAUUAAGUGAUAACAAUUCUAAUUAUUCUACAUCAGUACCGUUGUACACAUCACCUGCUGUCCCUCAACAAAAUUUUAAAAGAAAUUUGUUUUUAAGACCUGCUAACAGUAACAAAGAAAAAAAUCUUGAGGGCUUUGAUGCUCCAGAUGGUGGUAAGUUACAGCUGCAAAAUGUGUCUCAAAAAGUUGGUCAGACCUCACCCAUUGAUAAAAAAUAUUUAAAUAAACAAGUCCUUGAAACAAUGUUUUACUUUGCCUCUAGCAUUCCACUGAAUGCUUUGGAACUACAAAUUCAACAUCCUGAUGCUAUCCACCAGAUGCAGCAGCCUCAUAAUAACUCAUAUUUAGCAUCUAGCAUGCCAUUGCAGACAAAAGAAGAUUGUAAGCCAUCAAGCUUAGUCUUCAAACCCCAUGACAUAAAUUAUGCUGACAUUCAGAAAAUGGCAGAAAUCCCUUGUGAGAAAUCUUCAGGUGGGAAACCAAUAACUGAUUCUAAUGUUGAUUCUUUUCACUCAAGCCAUCAUGAAAACAUCAAAGCCAUUACAGGAAAAUCACUUAUCCAAAAAAGUACAGCAGGUGUAAAUAAAGAAGAAAUGAAUCUGAAGAGUGUUACUGAUGCUGUUGAAAAGAUAGAGAAGUUUUAUCUACUAGAAAAAGACAACAAACAUCUAAUAGCUGUAGAAAAAAAAUAUUUAACAACUUCUUCAGCACAUAAUCAGUUAUUGUCAGAAAGACCAAUAGUUUCUAGUCAUAAACACCUACGGCCAACAGUCGACAGUAUACCUCAGCAGGUCAGCUUUCUUUCAAAAGAUCUUGUUUCGAUCCACCAAACAACUUUCUCCAAUGAGAGCAACGCUAAUCAUAAUGAAAGCUACAGCUUUUAUAGUCAACAAGCAAAGUCUCAUUUAAAAGAUAAGGAUCACCUUACUAAAAUGGCAGCAAAAUUAACUAGCCAAGAUGAUUUUCUGUACAAUGAUCAACAACUGAAACUUCUUCAGGAUCAGUUAAAGUCCAAAAAUGAUACAGUUCAACAGCAGAUAAAACAGAGGUCUACAUAUGUGCAGCAUUCAAGGCCUUCAUCCAGAGAAAGCACUAGUUUUUAUCCCCCACAUGCUAAAUCAGUGACAAAUGAUUAUGCUCACUAUAGCUUAGGAAAAAAAAAUAAUACUGAAAUUCAAGUUCCCAUGGUAAUGAAUUAUAGAGAACAAAAUGCUUCCAUGCAACAGCAAACCAAAAUUUCUUCAAAAAUGAUCAAUACUAACAUUCAAAAUAUAAAACAGCCAGUUACAGAAACUAAAAUUAAUCCUACUUACAACCAAAUUGAAGCAAAGUUAGUUAAAAAAGACUUAAAUAUAAUGGCACCUCAAGAUCAGAAAUUUUCAAGAUAUGAUAAUCAACUUAAGUCACAAGAUUUAAGUACCAAAGUGACUCCACCUCAAUCUGACAUUAACCCUCAACAAUUUGUAUCCAGGACUCAUUUUCUGAAACUAGCACAAGAACAACAAAAGACUGUGGACCAGACACAAUCAGAAGAAUUUAAAAAGUUAAAACGAUUUAGCAUCAUUAAACAGAAAUCUUUUCCUAAUGCUGAAGAAGAUUGUAUGAAUAAGGAUAAUGAGUCUACAGAGGGCAGGCCAGUGUCAGCAAGAACAAUCCUAGAAGAAUCCAAAAAUAUUAUCGAUAACAAAAAUAACCAAGUACAAAGUGACAAUGAGGAAGUCAACAGUAACUAUGGUACAGAUUCAGAAGCAGAUAAUGCCAGUGAAUUUUCUCCAUCUGAAGAGAGACAACUUGGUGAUGGAGAGAGUAGUGAUGAAGAUGGAGAAGAAGAAGCUUUAGAGUCUUACUAUGAGGCAAAUAGUUCUGAUGCAGGAUCUGAGUCCUACUCCACUAGAAGCACAAGCCCUACUAGACAACCUGUUAUAACAACAAUCCAAGAAACCAAAAGUCAAACUCUUAAGUCAGUCUCUUCCAACAGUGUUGUUAUCAAACCUGCCUUUAUAUUUAGUCUUUUUAAAAACAUCCCACCUACACUGAACUUUGUAGAGGAAGGAGAAAAAGCUGAGACUUUACCCUGGGAACUCAGAAAGUUGCUAAAAUGGAAACUUAGCCCUAUAACACCAAUUGUUGUUAAAACUGCUAUUGGUCGGAUAGGCUUUAGAAUUACAAAAAAAAAUUAUGAAUGGAUGGGAUGUUUUGGCAAACACAUGAAAGCUCAGUGCUUUAAGCAACUCAGAGAUUUUCAAAAGCUGAACCACUUUCCAGGAUCUUUCAACAUUGGACGUAAAGACAAACUUUGGCGUAAUCUCUCAAGGAUGCAGGCUCACUUUGGCAAAAAGGAAUUCAACUUUUUCCCUCAAACUUUUGUCUUGCCUACAGACAAUAAGCUGUUGAAGAGAAUCUGGGAGGAGGGAUCAGGAAAACAGAAAUGGAUUGUUAAACCUCCAGCAUCAGCCAGAGGUCAAGGUAUUAGAGUAAUCAGUAAGUGGUCUCAAGUUCCUAGAAAACGACCAGUAAUAGUUCAGAAGUAUAUCCACAGUCCAUAUCUUAUCAAUGGCAGCAAAUUUGAUAUGAGAAUUUAUGUCUAUGUCAGCUCAUAUGAUCCCCUACGACUUUAUGUUUAUAAUGAUGGAUUAGCUCGUUUUGCCUCUAGCAAGUAUUCAUCUUCCACAAAAUCACUCAGUAAUAGAUUCAUCCACUUGACUAACUACAGUGUCAACAAGAAAAAUACACAGUAUGUUAGCAACUCUAAUACUGGCAACUGUGAAGGUCACAAAUGGAGUCUGAAAUCAUUGUGGGAUUAUUUAAAACAACGUGGAGUCAACACUACUGCUGUCUGGAAUACCAUUAAAGAUCUCAUCAUUAAAACGAUCAUUAGUGGAGACUCAUCCAUCAACAGCACAACAAAAGCAAAUCUUCAUAGUAGAUAUUGCUGCCAUGAACUUUUUGGGUUUGAUGUCUUGUUAGAUGAGAACUGCAAACCUUGGAUUUUAGAAGUUAAUAUCUCUCCAAGCUUGCAUUCCAAUUCAAAGCUUGAUGUGGACAUCAAAAGUGGACUGAUUAAAGAUAUGAUGAAUAUAGCUGGACUUAGAUUGCCUGAUGCUAGAGAUACUCACCCAAAUUCUACUUCAUCAGAAAUAGACCUUGGUAAAUAUGCUCCACCAAACAAAUUCUGUAUGGACAAGCGGCUGUUUACAACUCAGCUGUCACCAGACGAGCGUGCCAAACAUGCUUAUUUCUGUCAAAAAUUUCAAGAUGAGCUACCAUAUUUGUCAUUGUUAGCUGUGAAUAAAAACAGCAUUGUGGAAGCAUUUGUGAUGAAACAUCACAUAGAAGUCAUGCAGUCCAUUCUUGAUGUUCUAACUCCUGAUGAUGCUAGGCAUCUUUGUGAAAGCAUUGAUGAGGAUAGUCGUAAAGGAAAUUUUCAACGGUUAUUCCCUACGCCUCAGACACAUAAUUAUCUAAGAUACUUUGAACAGCCUCGAUAUUACAAUCUACUUCUAGACCAGUGGGUGCUACUGUACAAUCACAUGGAGCAAAAAGGGAUCUCAUUACUGCAGUCACUAUGUGAGGAAAAUAUUCAUUUAGAAAAUCCAACUUCUAAUCCAAAACACCAGUGGUCACCACCCAAUUCUCACAUCAGAUCCUAUGAAGUCAAGCAAACUGUAUCCAAUAGUAGUCUCAAAUCCAGUUCUUCAACAUCAAUGUUACCUAAAAUAGUCAAAAAGAAGCAGGUCUCAAAGUCUGACAGGAUUUCAUUUGCUUCAGGCAGCAGAGCCAGCUCUUUGACCUCUUCAUCAAGCUCCCCUCAGCUACAUGCAUACUCAUCAUCUCUUUCCUCAGCCACACCUAGCAGGUGACUGCUCCAGCAGCUCUCUCUAUGUGAUAAGAUGUUUCUCUCCAUGCAAUCCCUUCCUGAAUUACAAAAUGCUUCAUUGGUAUCUCAGGGACAUUCUUGCUAACCUUCAAGACCUGAUGCAAUGUUUGAAAUAAAACAUGAAAUAAAAUACACAAGUUUAAAGCUGUUGUACUUAAUGAACAUCAAGUUAAAAAAAAUAUUUUUCUUUACAAUAUAAAAUAUUCAAGGAAAAAUUGACUUCAGAUUGAAGAUUUGAAAUCACCAACUUAUCAACAAAUGUAAAGCUUGUCCUAUUGGUGCAAAUUAUAUACAUUUAUUUACUUUUAACAGAAAUAUAUUUAUACACUUAUAAUACAUAUUGUAUUUUAAUAAUUCACUUAUUUUUUGAACUUUUAAUUUAUAGUUGUUAAAAUGCUGUCUCAUAACAUUAUACGACUCUCUCUCUUAUAAUCGUAGGCAUUUAUUUACCAGACUGUAUAAAAGACCAAUAAUUUAUUUAUUUAAUAAUUUAUUAGUUGCAGCAAUUAAUGUGCUUGUCACCACUGUGUUGCAUAAGCUCUGUGUAUAAAGAUAAUUUAUACAUUUAUUUAAUUUUUUGUAUUCUUCAACUCUCAUAUAUUUCAUUCAGGUCAUUUUAUUUUAUUAUUAUCUGACUUUUUUUUUUCCUUUUAUAAUUUUAAACUCAAGUUGAAUUUUUAAAAAUAUUGUUCUAGUAUUCAGUUCAUUGUUUGGCACUAGGAUUCAUAACUAAACCUUGGGGUGUUAAUAAAUUUGAAUAUUUUGCAUGGCAAACUUAAUACUUUUAGAAAAAUUGUUUAGUUUGUGCGGCGUGCUUAGAAUUUUUUGUUUUUGUGUAGUGCAUUCUUAUAGCAUGCUCUGUGUGCUAUGGACAAGUAAAGGGAGGGGGGGGUGUCUGGGAAAAAGGUCUCUCUACUGCCUUUAGUGACUCAUCAAAAACAAUUCAGCUUGUCAGGUUUUAAACUCUGGCCCUCUUGAUAGCUAGCCAAGUGGUUUAAGCCUCUCAGCCACAUAUCCCACAUAAGAAUUAUGUCCAAAUGUGAGCAAUCUGUAUCAAGAAUUUUCUCCAUAUAUGAGCUGUUAAUUCUAAGAGUUGUGUCCAGAUGUGAGCAAUCAGUUCUAUAUUUGUCCAUAGGUGAUUGUUUAUAAGCCUGUCAUAAAUUACUUCUGUGAUAAUCAACUGUGCCUUGUCCAUCUACUAAAAAUCAUGAGAAAAUAACAUACUGUAUGCUGAUUUGAUCUAACACAAAAUUAUUCAUAGACAUUGAUCUACAAUAAUGUUUUUCUAUACUGAUAACAUAUAGAUGCUUGUAAUAGCUGUUACUCUUGCCAUUACUAUUUAUUACAAAUACUUAGAUUAGUAAACCUUUUUAUUAUUUAAAUGGUUAUGUUUAGACAAUGACAUAGUAGAUCAGCAACAAAAAGUUGUGUGUAAAGCAAUACUUUCAUACACUUUGUCAUGUUUUUACUAUGAUCUCUGUCAGCAUUAGGGGUGCACCGGAUAUUCCUUUUUGAUAUCCGGCCGGAGCCGGAUAUGACCGGAUAGUAAAAUUUGAUAUUCGGCCGGGGCCGGAGCCGGAGCCGAAUACCUAAGUGUCUUGUAAAUAGCUUGUAUUGCUGAGCAUUUUACGAAACUGUUAAAUAACAUACCUAUAUUUGUUGGUAUUAUUUUUUUUCCUUUUAUAUACCUUAUUGUUUUAAACUCUGUUACUAAUUGAUUUAUUCAAGCUUAACAGUAUUUAUAAACAAAAAUUAAUCUGUGUAGCAUGUACGAGGCCACCAACCUUAAAGGCUGUGUGUUGGAGGGUCAAUGUAAAAUAUGUUAGUAUAUAUUUAACUAGUUACUAAUGUAAAUCUCUCAUCUGGUUUGUAUGGUGGUUGGAUGUAUGUGUUCAAGAAUUUCUGACCAACAACUGGUCAUCAGACUUGUAAUUUUAAGUCCAAAGACUGCUUCUGGUUCUGGUUUCAAGGGCUUAAUACUGAUAGCUGUUAGUUAAUAGUUGGAAUCUGAAGCGUAGUAGGUCAUAUAUUUAUUAAUCCAUUUGCGGCAAACGAGGUCCACUUUAUGCAUAUUAAAUAGGUGUAUUUUUUACUAUCCGGUUUACUAUCCGGUAGUGAUAUCCGACCGGAGCCGAAUAGCACCGGAUAGUAAAAAAUGCCGGAUAUUCGGCAGAAGCCGGAGCCGGAGGGACUAUCCGGUGAACCCCUAGUCAGCAUUCAGCAGCAUGACUCAGUUGGAAAAUCAGGUUACUUGUCACAUAAAAGUGUUGUUUUAUUAUUUAUAGCUCAGCAGCAGAGAAAUACAUUGCCAAUCAGGGGAAAAUGUGGAUAACAUAACAUCUUUUUUUUUUGUGCUGUUAAAUUCAAAAUGGUGGAUUUUGUUUAAAUCUAAUUGAUCCUGUUUUGAAUUUUCUUUACAUUGGUCAAACUGUCUAAAAUCAGAAUUUUAUUUUCUGUCACUGACUAUGUUGAUACUGUUUAUCAAUUAUGUAAGUAAUCUAUAUACCUCAUAAUUGUUUUUUUUUUUUGUCUUUUUGUUUUGUACAUAUAUAUUUUUUUUUUAAAUGGCAAAUAGAAGAGAAAUAUAGAGAAAUCAUCUAACAGAACAUGGGAUAAGUAAAAUUAAUGGUUAAUUUAAUAAAUGGCUUAAUUUUAAAAAUACUAUUAAUAAUGGAUUUUAGUUAUCUUUAUAAAAAAUCUAAUUUUGAAAUAAUUCAAUUGGGCAAAAGUAAACUAUACUAAAGAAUAAUAUGCAAAAAUCUGUUGUAAAUAUAUAUUUGUAACCAUGCUUUACUUUUGUUAUGGCUGCUUAGUUGAAGUUAAGAACCUUUUCAGCCUUGAGAAGGUGUAGCAUUUAUAUGCUAUUGAUAUACUUUGUUUAUAUUUAGUAUUUCUUUUUAUAAAACUCCAUAUUUUUUAAAUUUCCAUACUAUUUCUCUUGUUAGAUUCAUUUAAAAUUAUUAUAUAGCAUUAUAUAUAUAUAUAUUCAUCUUUUUAAAUCCUAUUUGUCUAUAACAUUUUUCUAAGUUAAUCUUUAAGCAUCUUUUAAUUAACAAGAAUCAUAUAAUCUAUAAUGAAGCAGCAUAAAAUAUUUCAUCAGUAUAGCUAUUUAACCCUUUUAAUCACUAUUAUUAAACUUUUCUCAAUUUAUAAUAAUAGCAUACAUUAUAACUUUUUGUAAUAGUUUCAAAUAGUGAACAUGUAAACAUUUAUUUUGUUUUGCCCUAUUCUUUUAUCUAUUAUCUAUCUACAUUCAAUCUAUUGUAAACAUUAUCAAAAAUCUGUCUCUGAAAACACAGUUGAGAAUUUAAAAAAAUUCUUUUGUUAAAGUGUCCAUUCAUUUCAAGUGCCUGUUAAAUAUAGUUUAGUUUUAUUGAAAAAAGGCAUAUAUUUUUCUAGAAUCCUACUUUUCAAUUGUAAUUAAUAUCCUAAUGUUUGAUGACAUGAUUCUGUUUUUAUUCUGUUGAUUAACAAGAAAAAGUAUUAUUCAAUGUGCCAUAUAAUUCAUGAAUUAUUCAAUGUGCCAUAUAAUUCAUGACAAUAUAUUUUUGAAUGAGCUACAACGUUAAAAAAAAGUAUGUUGCUGUUGAUUAAAAAGAGUCUUGUUUUUCUUUACCAACUUUUGCACCGUACACAAGUCUAUAGGUAAGAUAUGAUAAAAAAGGCCACUCAAAUUUAUUGGCCAAACAGGUCUAUGAGAUAUACAUGUUUUCUUGAAGUUAACAUUAGAAAAUCAGUUACAAUAAGAAGAUCUUUUAGUUUUCGAAAAUUUAUCUUAAUUAUUUUAUUUAAAAACAAAAAAAGCUCAUCUCUUGUCUAUCAUUCAGUUAGUACAGUUGAAAUAAACCUUUUCUUCAACUAUUUUGAGAAUGAAAUCUUGGCAUUCAUGAGUUUUUUUUCUGUUUGUGUCUUUUCUAAAGAACAUAGUCCAGAAAGAGGAGGAAAAUAGACUGAACAUGUUUGUUAUAUGUUUUACUAAAUAAAAGAGGUUUAUUUCCUUAUGAUAUUAUAAUUUUGAAUAGAAAAUGUGUUGGAAUAAUAUUUUUUAAAUUGUUCUUAUAUAAAAAGUGUCCAGUUGUUGCCUUAACAACUGGUUAGAUUACAAUAUUUAUAUUUCAAUGAAUAUGUUUUUUUAUAUUUAUACAAUCAAUGCUCCUUCAUUUUGUCAAUUUAUAAGAUCUACUUUGAAAAUAAACAUUUUUUUUUCCAACUAAACCUAUAUGAAAUAAAAAAAUACAAAAUCAGACAGUUUUGAUUCAUUAAACAAUUUUUUUCCCCAUUAUUUGUAAUUUUUCCAUAUAAAGAAAUGGACAAAAAUAAAAAAAAAACAAACAUAAUAACUUUGACUCGAUUAAUUUGUUUAAGCUAAAUACACUCAUAAUAAUAAUUGAUUGUUCUAAAUGAACCACUAUGCACGGUGUAUUCAAAAUUAUAAUAAAUAUUUUAUUUUGAAAGAUAUGGCACUUUUAAUAACGAAAUUAAUCCGAAGCAAUAUCAAUACAAUUGUUAACAAUCCCAUGACAAGUAAGACGGAAAGAAAACAAUUAAAAAUCU